GCCCGUCCACCCAUUGAGGAUGAGGGCAAGUGAGGAAAGGUAGGGGACGUAAACGGGGCCAUCGGUCUAGACUCGACGAGCUUAGUCUUUCCGAAGUCGAUGGACUGAAGACCUCAGAAGAAGAGACUGAGUCCGCUUGUUCCAGUGACGUUGAUAAUCACCCGAGGAUCAACUUCUUUACUCUACGCCGACACCACAAAUCUGUAUCACUUCUGGUUCACGGUGAUACCAGCCAGAUUGACAUCAUGAAUUUUCGCACCUUUAUCCUAGUCCUGAUAUGCGCUUCGGCGGAGGGUCAAGAUUUUUCUAAGCCAAAUUUCGACCGUUCAAAAAACGAGGAUGCGGUACAGGAAAGCGAACCUCCGGAGGGUUAUUACGCUUUUGUAGAAUCUCCGAAUGCCGAACCACCAAAAGUUAGACCGCCGCCUUACAUGGACAGCGAUAAAGAAUGCCAAGACCCCGGAAAACAGGGCAAGGGAUUCGUCUCGGUCCAUAACAUAUGCGGGGAUCUGAACAAAGGAUAUAUACCGCGAAAUCCCAUGCGGCAAAACGUUCUCGGCUCUUCGUACCCUUUUGAACUGUUGCGCAAUCACACCUUGAAGUUCUUGAGCAAGGCUCUACCGAUCCUAAAGGCUGACAACUCACUGCCAAAAGUUGCAAAGAUAGAACCAUUCUCUCAAAAUUCUGUCGAUACAGAUGAAAAACGUAGCAUAACUAAAAGAUCAGCAACGAAUACAGACGCGGCUGGGAGGGCAGCAUCGGAAACCGAGCCCGUAGCGGCGGAAAAAGAUGCGACGAGGACUGGGCGAAAAUUUUGUGAAAGUGGCGGUGGCGUAGUCUGCAUGCUCUACAAGGCGAUUCAGGGUGAGCCUCUAGCUUCGGCAGCUGCAGAACGCAGAGACGAUCCUCCGACACCGGAAUAUCGUCAGAGAACACCGCCGCAGGAAGCACCAGCCGAAUACUCAGGCCCGCCGACUCCUUGUCCUGCUAAGGUCGAGUACGCCACACCGGUAUUCGCCAAGAAUUAUCAAGGCGUUUGGCGUUACGUUGUGCAAAUACCAUACGAAGGAUACUUCACCCAGACGAUCGAAAUCACCAGAUGCAUGCAAACCAGAUGCCACUACUUGGACGGCGGAUGUCUGUCGUCGCCCAGAUGGACUAGCUUGUUGGUGGCGGAAAUCUUCUACCCUGACACCUUCUUGGAGGAAAAUCAAAACGCCAGAUUGCCAGGACCCAGGGAACCCGUUGCUGGAUCCCCGCCGCCGGUUCACGAUUUCCAAAAUUAUCAACAGUACUUGCAGAAACGCGCGGGCGAAAGUGAGGCCAGAAGCAACAGUGGGUCUCAGUUCCAGCAACAGCAACAACAGCAUUGCGAUGGCGUUGAUGACAUGGGAUGCUUUCAGGUACGACUGUACUACGACUGGUUCCUCGUACCAGGAAGUUGCAAGUGUUGGCGACCGGAUUAUUUCAACCGUUACGUUCGCCGGGGUAGUUCAAGUCCCGAUUUGUGAUGAGAGGAAAGAAAAACUUGUGUUUAUUCACAAACACGUUUAUCCUCAGAUACGAGCGUAAGAAACAAAUUGCAGGACAUUGAAAGUAGCGGUUUAAAAGUUGAUUUACAAACGACUGACAUGAUCAUUAUAAGUAAGCCAGAAGAAAAAGUUCUCAAAAGAGUGUCCUACUAUAAACAGCAUACACUGUGUAUGUACUAACCAGGUCUAACCCAGUCUGCACAUAUUAAACUAUUAGUUACGUUAGUCUUAAUAAUUAUUGUAAAACUAGAAUGUAUAAGGUUAGAACUGCUAAGUCCAAAUAUCAUACCGUUAACAUUCGUUUUCUUAGAUAUAUAUAUUCACGAACUCAGUAUUGAAUUCUAGAUAUUUUAACGUAAGUAAAAAAAAAAUAUCCUGAAUAUUAUUCGAAUAAUGUACUCACUAGAUACAUUAUCAUUUUAUUUAUUGUAUGUAUUUGGAGACGAUCAAAACGUAUAUGUACAACGUAAUUUAUUUUCUUGUAUCUAUACAGUUAUACCACUUAAAUGUUGCGCCUCGAGAAUAAUACUGUAAUGUUUACAUUGAUAAAAAUUUCAAUUACAUUUUAUUCAAACGAUAAUUUUUUACCACUGAUAAUUCUUGAUCAAUACAUUCUAAACAGAAUUACAAUGAAUGUAAAUCAGUCAACUACUGGCACUUAUUCAUUCAAUGUUUCUAAAAUAUAAAUCAUGUUACAAAUUGAGAAAAAGCUCUAGAGUGAAAUAUUUCUUUCUUUCAAAUAAAUCAAUGGUCACCAACAUAUUUACAUUACCGUAUGAAACUCACAUAAAAAUUUGAAGUCAGAUAUUUAUAUAUGCCUAUAGAUUUUUAUGCAUCCUGCAAUAACUUGAAAAGUGAAGAUUUGUCAUCUUACAGUAUAGUUUUAAUGGUGUGGUAUAGAUGUAUCGAUAACUCUAUUACACAUUUGUGUUGAAUAAGUCUAUAUUUAAAAAUGGAACGAGUAUUAAACGUAAUGAACAAAAUGAAUAAAAUACCGAUUAUUAAAACGAACUUUCUAUCUUUGCACGAGUGAUACCAAUCAUUAAUGUUAUUCAGAUAUAACAAGUAGACAAGGUUUUUGAAGAUUCAGAUAUUUUGAAACAACAUUCAAUUAGAUAGAUUCUUGUUUAUUCACAUUAUUUAAUCGGAAUAGACUCGCCUAACCCAUAUAAAAUCCGGAUCGUUACGUGUCUAACGUAAUUUAGAGGAUAUAUUUUCAUAAUGGGUAGGCGAAAAUUUACUCAUAUAGCUUCUCAUUCGUAAAUUGAUAACAGUUCGAUGAUAUAAAAAUAUAAUGUGCACAUAUGUACGUAAACCUAUGAAAUUUUCUUUCUUUUAUUAAUUUUCCCAAACUGUAUACUACAAUUAGCAACGGUUCUUUGAAUUCGGUAAAUUUUCGUAUUUCAAUGAGAAUCUGCAACACUGGUAGUGUCUUUCACUGGCUGCACUUGGCUCGCACUGGGUGUGAUUUUCCUAGAAUUCCUGGUGCACAAGUACAGCCAGUGAAACCGACGAUUAGCCUGAACAAGUUCUACAGAAGAGGCUACAAUUUAAAAUUUAAAGUGGAUAUAUCUGUAUACUUUAAUCACUUUGUUAGUUACAAAAAAAAGAGCGUCAGUAAAAAGUGAAAACGGUAAAGGAAAUAAGAAAAUUUGGUAAAUUUGUUUCUUUCCACAAAACGAGUUUAAAGAUCUACAAUUUAUAUUUACAUUUAAAAAAAUAUAAUGCAGCAAGUUUUAUACUGAACGAACACUGAAUCAACGUAAAUAAAAAAAAAAGAACAACGUCAACAUAAGUUAGCCCUAAUUAAUUCGCAGUCUUUUACGAAACAGUGAAAUUAUCCAGCUCCUUCGGGCUUUUGUUAUAUCAUACAUUCAAUUACUGGUAAAAGAAAGAAGAUUCGUUAAUCAACAUCACGUUCCUCCUUUUUGAUUUCAAGGUGGCAAAGUGAUUUCAAAAGGUUUACUUGAAAGAAAUAGCAGACAU